AUGACCCCGUUUGCUGGCAUCAUGGAGCUGGAUGGCACGGGGCACGUAGAGGUAAGGCAGUCCAGAAACGAGAUCUUCAGCAUCGCACCCAGGCACCGAAAGCCCUCAGUCCUCGCAAACGCGCUGAGUGGAACUGUGGGCUCUGUGCUUGCCGAGGCGGUCCUUUUUCCAGUGGACACAAUCAAGUUGAAGGUUCAGACCGCAAGUGCCACGAACGCACAAGGCUUCCUGGCGACGCUGAUCUCGUUUCUGCGCAAAGCUGGCAUUCAGGGCCUCUACCGCGGGAUUGGAGCAGCGCUCAUCAAGGAAUCAGUUCACAGCUUGAACUACUGGAUCUUCCACGGCACGCUGUUCCGACUCUUCACAGAGUUCGACGACACGUCAGCUACAGCGCCCAUGAGGAGGCUGGUGCUGAACCUCUUGUCGAAGCAGCUCAAUUGGCUAUGCACUGUUCCGUUUGAAGUGAUAUCAAGCGUGAACCAACUGUCUGAUAAGUCUCCAGGUUUUGCAGCGACGGCGCAUAUGUUGUACAAGGAGGGUGGGCUGGGUGCCUUCUACCGUGGCCUCACUGUGUCCUUGAUCUUGGCCAUCAACCCCGCCAUCAUGAACACAUUGAUCACAUCAAUUCUCAGGAUCCGUGCCAUGGUGCGGCAAUCCUGUGGCGAGGACCACCUUGACGCGCGCGACCACAGCGCAGCUGUUGUCGGGGGAAUUACUGCGCUCUCAAAGACGAUUGCCACAAUCCUCACCUACCCGCUCAUCCGCGCCAAGGUGCUUCAGCAAACUGCGGCCUCACAGUACGCUGGGGCGGCCUUUCCUGAGGUGCUGCGCAGAGUCCUCAUGACCGAGGGGAUCGGAGGCUUGUAUCAAGGUAUGCUGGCCAUGAGCUAUAAGACCAUCCUUUGGAACUCGCUGAUGAUGGUCUUCAAACACCUUUUGGGGCCCAAGCGAGCCAAAACGCCACCAGAGUCACCAAAGGCUUUCCUACAGCACAUGCCGCACAUGGCCCGAGAGCCGUUCCCGGCAGAGUACACCCAGGAGAAGCUCGAUGAGAUCCUAGACUAUCUGCGGCGUGUUGGUGGGAGCGGCAAGAAGGUUGAGGCAUUGGAGCAUCGCCUGGACGAGGUGUCUGGCGAGCUUCGGGAAAUGCGAAAGCUUUUGGUCGAGCUGGUUGCCAGGUCGCCCAAGAACGGAGAAAGAAGGUGA